ACAAACCCACAGUCUCUCUCUCUCUCCUCUCUCUCUCUCUCUCUCUCUCUCUUCUCGUCUCUUUCACUUUCUCUCUCUACUGUAUCGCAGAGACAGAGAGAGAUGAGUAGUGUGGAGAGAGAAAGCAAAACCCACCAAGGAAAAAGAAAGAUACAUUUGAGAAAUGAGUAAAGCAAAAACCAUCUUGUCAUUUUUAGGGUUUUCUUAACACUCAAAAAUUCAAAAAAGAAACCCCCUAUAAAGCUAAAUCUCCUAUAUAGAGCCAGAAAAAGAAAAGAAGCAAACAGUGGUUUUAACAAAAGAGAAGAGAGAACUACUCUGAAUGCUAUCUUUGUACCUAUUUGAACCCCAAACCCCCAAGCUAGAGACUCCGAUUCAUCAAAAACCCACCAAGAUCUCACUGACUUCUCCUCUCAGGUUUUUAGUUGAAGUUGUGGUGGUUUUAGGAUUGGAUUAGUUAAGAAGCAAGGAUCUGGGCUGUUUUCAGCUGAGUGGUACAUUGUGUAUAUGAAGAGACUUGAGAAGAAAUAGCAUUGGCAAUAGGGGAAAAUGAAAUCUGAGACACCUCUUGACUAUGCUGUGUUCCAACUGUCACCAAAGCGCUCAAGAUGUGAGCUAGUUGUAUCGCAUGAUGGAAAUACAGAAAAGCUAGCUUCGGGACUCGUAAAGCCAUUUGUUAGUCAUUUGAAGGUUGCAGAAGAACAGGUUGCACAGGCAGUUGAGUCCAUUAGAUUAGAGGUCGAAAAACGUAAAAAUGCAGAGUCUUGGUUCACAAAAGGAACGCUUGAGAGGUUUGUGCGGUUUGUUAGUACGCCGGAGGUGUUGGAAUUGGUGAAUACAUUUGAUGCAGAGAUGUCUCAGUUGGAAGCAGCUCGGAGAAUAUAUUCCCAGGGGGCUGGGGAUCAGCAUUUUGGUGCAUUAGGUGGAGAUGGCACAGGAUCUAUGGCAGCGGCUGAUGCAACAAAAAAGGAACUCUUGAGGGCCAUUGAUGUGCGACUUGUGGCGGUUAGGCAAGAUUUGACUACAGCUUGUGCUCGUGCCUCAUCUGCUGGUUUCAACCUUGAUACUGUUUCUGAGCUCCAACAGUUUGCUGAUCAAUUUGGUGCACAUAGACUGAAUGAAGCAUGUACCAAAUUCAUCUCCUUGUGCCAGAGAAGACGGGAUGUAAUGAGUUCAUGGAGACCAGAUGUUGACGAUCAAGCCAUCCGGUGUUCAUGGGGGUCUGACAUGUCAAUUGAUGAUCCUACAGAAGACCAAACUUGGUCCCACAACAUUGUCAGGCCUCACCAAUCGUUCAUAAGUAAAAACCAUUCAGCCAAUCAGGAACAACCAAAGACAACACAAAAGGAGCAACUUGUAGACCAUUUAAAACUCAACACGUUUCAACAAGACAAGUCCACAUCCAGCUUAUCUACAACACAACAACUUAGCCAAGAUGAAAAGAAUGAAAAAGAGAAGAAAGAUGAGGGUCUGACAGAGUCAUCGACUAAUCAGGUGAGUCAACCCACCAGACGACUGAGUGUACAGGACAGGAUCAACCUUUUUGAAAACAAGCAGAAAGAGAGCUCAAGCUCUGGCGGUAAACCGAUUUCUGUAGGCAAAUCUGCUGAGUUGAGAAGACUCUCCUCUGAUGUGUCAUCUGCUUCUGUAGUCACUGAAAAGGCUGUUCUGAGAAGAUGGAGUGGUGCCAGUGAUAUGAGCAUUGAUUUGGGUAAUGACAAAAAGGAUAGCAACAUAGAUAGUCCUUUGUGCACACCCUCUUCAUCAUCUGUUUUGCAGGUCAGAAAUAAUACUAUUUCAGGAUUACCCGAGGAUAACUAUCAAAAGAACCAGAAGAAGUUGAGUGACAUUAGUGAUUCUGGUUUGAAAGAUAAGGACGAAAAGAGUGAUGCUGAAGGAGUUGGUGAUUUUGGGCUGAAGGAUCAAACAGAGGUGAAAACUUGGGGUGGCAACUCUUCAGGGAAAGAAGAAGAGGUGGGGGUUGAAGGGGCGUGUAAUUGGAAAGAUCAAGUGGGUUCUUUUACUACACAGUACAGGUCUUCCACAGGUAAAUCAGAAAAUGGAGGAUUGGGGGAUCAUGGGGUUCCUCAUGAGAAAAAGGUUUCUAUUGGUGGGGGUGAGAAGAAUGCUGCAUUUAAAGACCAAGCUAGUUCUGAGUUGCAGUCCAAAGGCAUGUUGAAUGAGCCAGCGUUUGUUGAUGUAAAAAGCCAACCAACUUCUGAGACUCAGAUUGGUGGUUUUGUGGGAAAGCUUGGGGCCGUCAAGCUUGAUGAUGAGUUUAGCACUGGAGUGGAGGAUGUUGAAUUGAAAGAUCAGCCUGCGAUGCAGUCACGCAUUAGGUGUCCUCGAAGUUCACAAUCACUCUCAGGGCAGCUUGAAGUUAGUGUUGGAAUCAAAAUUAAGGAAAUUCAAUAUGAAGGAAGUCAGGAAGAGCAGGCGGCUCCUCAGGCACAGUGGAGAUCCUUUGUUGUCGGAGCUGAAGAAGUUGGGAACAAAGAAGCGACCUUAUCUGAAAAGCAGUCUGUCAAACUGGAAGGCUCUGGAGUCCAGAGAAUGAAGUUCCAGAAACCAGAUUCUGCAGGUUCUGAACAGAUCAAGAAGUUUCAGGGAAGGAGGGAUGAGAUAGGUUCUGUUCGUGUGAAUGACAAGCCAACUUUUCCAGUAAAUAUAGUUUCAGAGAAUGAAGGUAGUUGUGGUACAACACCAACAAUGCUGAUAGAGCAAGUUCAGAGGGUAAGACAAUCAAAGGGAAAUCAGGAACUCAAUGAUGAGCUGAAAAUGAAGGCAAAUGAGCUUGAAAAGCUUUUUGCUGAGCAUAAACUUCGAGUUCCUGGGGAUCAAUCCAAUUCUGCUCGGCGAAGCAAGCUUUCUGACAUGCAGACUGAACAGACAUCAAGUUCACAGCAUAGGAAGCCUGCAGCUGCAGAGAUAUCUCCUGCUCAAUAUCCUGAUACAAAUGCAUUGAUUCAGUCAACCGGGAGUUCUAGUAAUGUGUCUAAGUUUAGUACUCCUCCAACAACGAAGAUGAUUGGUAAUCAGGAUUAUACAAAUACACUAAGACACAAUUUCUCUGAGCUUAGCUUUUCAGAUGAUUCUCGAGGAAAAUUGUAUGAGAAAUACAUGCAAAAAAGAGAUGCAAAAUUGAGGGAAGAGUGGGGAUCUAAAAGGGUUGAGAAGGAAGCCAAGUUGAAGGCUAUGCAAGAUAUCCUUGAGCAAAGUAGAGAUGAGAUGAAAGCCAAAUUCUCUGGGUCUUCUGAUAGGCAAGAUUCAGGUUAUAGUGCUCGCCGGCGCGCAGAGAAACUCAGGUCAUUUAGUUCUAGGUCAAAUAUGAAGAGGGAGCAGCAUCCUAUAAGUACAUUUCAGAGUGAAGAAGAUGAAGAUUCAUGUGAUUUUCCUGACCAGAAAUACCAUGGGCAAGAUAGAUCAUUCAAUGAGUCUUCUCUUGGGGAUGGUUCUUCUAGAAGCUCUCAGAGUAAGAAGUUGUUGCCCAACAGAAAUACCUCUUCAUCUACUCCUAGGAAUAUUGCUGCGCAAGUUCCACGGUUGUCAGCAAAAGUUUCUAGCACUAGUUCAGGGAGGCGGAGGGGCCAAUCAGAUAAUCCACUUGCACAAUCAGUUCCCAACUUCUCUGAUCUAAGAAAAGAAAACACAAAACCUUCUGGAGUUAGCAAAACCACUAAUCGGAUACAGGUGAGGAACUAUGCCCGCAGCAAGAGUUCAAGUGAAGAGGUUCCUCCUGCGAAGGAAGAAAAGCCGCGGAGGUCUCAAUCUUUGAGGAAAAGCUCUGCUGGCCCUGUAGAGUUUACAGAAUUUUCCACUUUAAGCUCCGAUGAUGUUGGUUUGGCAUCUUCAAAAUUUGAGAAAGAGCAGUGUGAACAGACUAUCCAGGACAAAGGCAGCACAUUCAGUGGAUAUGGCCCGGAGAGGAUGAAGAGGGAAGAGCUUGAAACAAUGGCAGCCGAAGAUGGUCCUAACAUGGAUAAUGGAAGAGCAAGACUCAGCCAGGAAUUUGACAAGUGCAAUUCUGGCUCUGAAAAUGGUGAUGCCUUGAGAUCUCUUUCUGAAAUCGAUCCUGCGUCAGUUGCAGAAUUGCCUGCUGCUGUGCCUUCAACAUUCCAGACCGUUGCGUUGCUGCAGGACUCGCCAGGGGAAAGUCCUCUGUCAUGGAAUUCACGCAUGCAUCAUCUAUUCACUUAUCAACAUGAGACUUCAGACAUUGAUGCUUCUGUAGACUCUCCAAUUGGAAGUCCUGCAUCUUGGAAUUCUCAUUCUCUCACUCAGACAGAGGCUGAUGCUGCUCGAAUGAGAAAAAAAUGGGGAAGUGCACAGAAGCCUAUUCUUGUUGCUAAUUCAUCCCAUAAUCAAUCUCGGAAGGAUGUGACUAAAGGUUUUAAGCGAUUGCUCAAAUUUGGAAGAAAAAAUCGUGGGACGGAGAGUUUGGUUGACUGGAUCUCUGCUACAACUUCUGAAGGAGAUGAUGAUACAGAAGAUGCGCGGGAUCCUGCUAAUCGAUCUUCAGAAGACUUGAGAAAGUCGAGAAUGGGAUUCUUUCAUGGUCAUCCUCCGGAAGAUGUUUUCAACGAAAGUGAUCUCUUCAAUGAGCAGGUUCAAGCCUUAAACAGCUCUAUCCCUGUGCCCCCAGCGAACUUUAAACUGAGGGAGGAUCAUAUGUCAGGAAGCUCUAUGAAAGCACCAAGAUCAUUCUUCUCACUUUCCACAUUUCGUAGCAAAGGAAGCGACUCAAAGCCCAGAUAGAUCAAAGCCUGGUGUGCUUAGAAUCAUCAUAAAAUGGUAGGUUGUAAAGAACAAUAUAUAUUGAGAUAAAAAUGCUUGAGGUAGGCACGAUACAGCCGUCGAUAUGACAUCUACAAUGGUAUUAUGUACAUCUUCAUGCAUUCAUAUGAGGGUUUCCUCGUGAUUUAGUCAGUUAUUUUCUGAUUAGUUGUGUUAAAAUAUGUUGUAUAUUGCAUUGAAUGAACAAUCGCCAAUUGGUGCAAUGUCAUUGUGGUUUUGGUA